CGGGCGUUGUUGUUGUUCGGAAGCCAGCGAGGGUUACCAGUGAGAGUGUUCGCGUAUAUAAGCUUGACACCGGUGGAUUCUCACAGUGGCUUCCCCGCCCCCUUGCGCUUCAGCCAUGAGAGUUCAGGUCUUAGUCCUGGCUGCCUCAACGGGUAUUGUCUUUAGCAACCCAAGUCCUGCCUCUGGGCACAGGAUCUCAGUGGCUCAUCGACCUAGUGCCUCAUCUCCACAAGCAGACCAGAUUUUCCUCCUGGCAGCUCUUGCAGGCGCCGCUAUCGCCAGUCCCGAUUACCUCCGAGAGAACGACAUCUUCAGUCAGAAAGUCUUAGAUCGCCCAAAAUCAUCCAGGCGUGAUUUUGUACAUCCGAGAUCUCCAGGUGGAAAAAUCCCCUAUUUAACUAGUCCUGGUUACAGUCUCUUCGCUCGAGCACCGGUUCCUUCAGACUCGCCAAAUCCUAUCACACCUUUCAAAGCUCCCGGUCUGACCUCACGCCCAGGCAGAAAAUUAAAACAUCAUUCCCCAAGCCUGAGACAAUUUGCGCCAUCAAGCAACGCUUCUAAAAGCCUCUCCGCCGCCCACAAGACGAGCAAUUACCUGCGCCCCGCCCACGUUAAUCGUCAACCCCCUGCCCUGGCCCACAGAACCCUACCUCCCCCCUCGCCACCCUCGAAUCGUGCGCUGGUGGCGGGCUCCUCACUCCCCCAGAGCGCCGUUUUGGAACAAGGAAAACAGGCUGAUAGCCAAUACAGCAUUCAGUACGCGGUGAGAGAUGAAUCAUCCGGGAACAACUUCGGCCAUCAGGAAGACCGCGAUGGCUACAGGACCCAGGGAUUAUACUACGUCCAGCUUCCCGACAAUCGAGUUCAGAAAGUGACUUAUUACGUCGAUGGAAAAUCCGGUUUCGUGGCUCAAGUUACUUACGAAAGGAAAGCACAUUAUUCCACAUAGACUGAUAUGAAUAGUUCGCUAUAGUGUUAGUUGGGCUUCCGUGCCUCUUUAAAGGACCUGUAUUAUUGCAUCUGUCACAAUCUAGUCCAUUGCUAUGUUACCACAUUUCCUCCCCAAUCAUCUUUACUACAGCGUUUAUUUUCGCUAUCAUCGCACUUUCACUCAUCCGUUCUAUUAUCAUCCUAUCAGCUUUUGCCAUUUCCUUUUACUUGACGUCGAGAUCAUUUCAGUUCCAUUAUUCAUCGUUCCGAAAAUAUCGACUAGUUAUUACUUUCUUCGUACCAAAGAAAAUAAUGAAUAUUUAUAAUCGAUGGUGGCAUCGAAUACACACACACAGAGGCACUGAUAUAAUGUUGAUACAUACAUACAAACAGACAUACACACAUAUUAUGUAUGUAUGUAUGUAUGUAUGUAUGUAUCAUGUAUAUGACUGAAAAUGUAGCAUCUAAUUGGUGUAACUAACAAGAUUUUGGAAAUACACAAUCCUACUAAAAUUGGGAAAUACACAAUCUAAGGUGUAUUCCAAGAUGUACGGAAGUAAGCAUAUGUGUGUAUAUGUGUGUGUUUAUGCUCCACUUACAGGCUACUUCUAAAUCAACGAUUAACUACAUGUCUCAGUAUUCACACAGAGUAAAUUCAGAGAACUAGAGACAAUGUUGCAACAUUUUCCAGGGAACAAGAACAAUAUAUUAUUUAUAAGCAUUGAGGAUUAUUCCGCAACUGGGUCACCACGACUACCGCAAGGAUUCUAGACACAGAUCUGCAUUGUACUAUUCCGCCUGUUAUAUUCUAUCACUGUAGACAUUUCACUCAGCGUUUCUGUGAAUGUGUAUAUAAUGUUGUUUUGUUUAAAUAAAAUUCAACGUUUU